AUGAAGAUGACGAAUCCAUCAUUUGUCUUGCGAGCGGUGAAGGACGUUGCCUUGGAAGACCGUCCUACACCACAGCUGAAGGAUCCCAACGAUGUUUUGGUCCACGUUGGGCAAACGGGCAUUUGUGGAAGCGAUGUUCAUUACUGGCAGCGCGGCCGCAUUGGCUCCUACAUCUUGACUGCCCCCAUGGUACUCGGCCACGAGUCGGCGGGUACGGUUGUACAAGUCGGUCGCGACGUCACCACUCUUCGCCCAGGCGACAAAGUCGCAAUGGAGCCAGGAGUUCCCUGCCGACGUUGCGACCAAUGCCGCCGGGGCACCUACCACCUCUGUGGGCAGAUGGUCUUCGCCGCGACACCGCCAUACGACGGCACAUUGGCAAAAUACUACAUCAAUGCGGCAGACUUUUGCUACAAGAUACCCGACUCCAUGGACCUCGAGCAGGCAGCAAUGGUUGAACCGCUAUCUGUUGCCGUGGCAGUGGCCAAAACCGCAGAUUUGAGGGCGCAUCAGACGGUCGUCGUGCUGGGUUGUGGCCCCAUUGGUGUCUUGUGCCAGGCUGUCGCCAAGUCCUGGGGGGCCAAAAAGGUCAUUGGCGUGGAUGUCGUUGACUCCAGGCUACAGGUUGCUAAAUCCUAUGGUGUUGACGGCGUGUUCAAACCCCGACAGGCAGAAGACGCGACUGUCGAUCCUAUGCAGCAUGCCGAGGACGUGGCUGAGGAGCUCAAAGCCGCGUUUGAUCUCGGCGAGGGUGCCGACGCCGUCCUUGAGUGCUCCGGCGCCGAGUCAUGCGUUCAAAUGGGCAUUUAUGCCGCCAAGCACGGGGGCACAUUUGUUCAAGCUGGCAUGGGAAAGGAAGUUGUCUCUUUUCCGAUCACGACCGUGUGCAUUCGUGGUCUGACGAUAAAGGGCUCAAUUCGCUAUCUUGCCGGGUGUUACCCUGCUGCAAUUGACCUCAUCUCCAGUGGCAAGGUCGAUGUUAAGCGACUUGUGACGAACAGGUUCAAGUUUGAAGACGCAGAGAAGGCGUUCGAACUGGUCAAAGAAGGGCGGAGCGAUGUUUUCAAGGUUCUGAUUGAAGGGGUUCAGUAA